AUGAGUAUAGGUCUAGGCAUGCAUAACAUAGAUGUACAGAAGAAAGUACGGUUUGAAAAUGGAGUAACAAAAGAUUUUCAUUCACCCAAAGUCGAGCUCAACUUUGAGCGGCUGAAGAAAUGCAAAGAAACAAUUAGAGAACAACUUGAAGAAAUCAAACGUUCAAAGACACCCUCUGAAUUAAACUUCAAAGAGAAAUAUGUACAGUUGGGAGGUCACUUCAAACGACUGAAUGAGUUAGAUGGAGAAACAUCUAGUUUACUUGAUGAGAGGGAGAGUAUAGAUCGUGAGGAUUUGAAAGUGUUGCAUUCCCGACGACUGUUGCAACAACGGAGUGCAACUCUUGGUGAUAAGAUUACAUCUCAAACAGAGAAUCUCCAAAUUCAAGCUCUUAAGGAACAAAUUAAAGCACUCAAUGAUAAAUUGCAAGUAAUUGAAGAGCAAAGGGAAGCUGAGAAACAGGAUAUGGCUGAGGAUUUUAAACAAAAAUUGAAAAAGACAUUUGAUACGUAUACACUGACAAUUCAACGGCUAGAGGCUGAGAAACGAAAAGAUGCUAGAAAGAUUGAUCGGCAGCAAAAGAGAAUUGCGUAUUUGGAGAGUAAACAACUCAAAGAAAAAGAAGGUGACAAGAUCAAAAAUCUAGUUAUCACAAGGCUAAGUAAUGAAAAACAAGCUUCUUUAAAUGAGAUAGAAGCACUAUUGGAAAAGACUGAGAUGCUACAAAACAAAAACAAAGUCCUUUUAAGUGAGAAUGAAACACUUUUUAACGAGCGAAACCAAAUGAAGGAAGAACUUGAGGCAAUACAGAAAUCGAUGAUUCAUAUCCAAAAACAAAACCACGAGCUUCGUAUUAAGCAAGAUAAAUUUUCGGUGUGCUCUAAACUACAACUGAAGAAUGAAAAUGAAAAACUUGCUGAACCUACCGAACCAGAGCUGAAAUCUCUGGAGUACAAGAAAUUGGAGCCUGUUCUUCUGAAAGGGAAAGAUAGUAUUUUAGAUAAAGGAAUUAAAGGCGAUGUUGAAGAAAGGUUAAUUGCAGAUAAUGGUAACGAUAAUGAUGGUAAUGAUAGUGAUGAUAAGAAUAAGAACAACAAAAACAAUAACAAUAUGGAUAAUACUAAUAAGAAAAUUAUUGGGGAUGCUGAUGGCUUAACUGAAUCUGUUGAUGAAAAUAUAGAUUCAAUUGCAUCUUUUGAUUCCCAUCGAACCUGCAGUUUAGGAAAGGUUGAAAAUGCAGCACAUGUUUCAAGAGAUGGCGAAUUGGCAAAUGAACCUGAACAUGAAAAUGGGAUUGAAAACACGCCACAACUUCUCAGAGAAGCUUUUAAUUACAAUCCCCAUCGACUUAAUCCAUACGAUGCAACGUUUGAUUUACCGAAAACACCAGAGAAUAGGGACACGUUGAAUUUACUUCGACAACAAUACGAUACCCAUAUAUAUCAAGGUAUUGGAUCUCACAAGGCCAGAGAAAAUAAUAACGAUUGGAGCUCGCCUGGUCUCACUACUAAAGAACUAUUGAAGGAAAAUAAUUUUUUGCAAAUGGAUGCAAGCACGUUAAAACAAAUGCAUUUCGUGUAG